GACGGCGGCGCGUCGGGCUGAACAGUGGCAGCGCCGCAGCCGGGGCUCGAGCCGGAGCUCAGAAGCCGACGGGGCCCAGCCGGGAUGGUGCAGCCGCGGCUCCGCAGCGCACGCACGCAUUGAGAGGGCCCGAGCUGGGCCCCGUGGCCCCCGCGCCCCCCGCCGCCCCGAUCCCGGCCGGCAUGAUGUGCCUGGAAUGCGCCUCGGCGGCGGCGGGCGGCGCGGAGGAGGAGGAGGCGGACGCGGAGCGGCGGCGCCGGCGCCGGGGGGCGCAGCGAGGGGCCGGCAGUAGCGGUUGCUGCGGGGCGCGGGGUAUCGGGAGCGCUGGAGUCGUGGCCGCGGACGAUGAGGUGCAGACGCUGUCCGGCAGUGUGAGGCGGGCUCCGGCAGGACCCCCCAGCAUCGCCGGCACCCCCGGCUGCGCAGCCGCUGCCAAGGGCCCCGGCGCGCAGGAGCCCAAACCGGUCACCCUGGGCCGCGGGCGGGGGGCAGCCGCCGCCAUCCUCAGCUUGGGCAACGUGCUUAACUACCUGGACAGGUACACCGUGGCAGGAGUCCUUCUAGACAUCCAGCAGCACUUUGGGGUCAAGGACCGAGGCGCUGGCUUGCUGCAGUCAGUGUUCAUCUGCAGCUUCAUGGUGGCUGCCCCCAUCUUCGGCUACCUGGGUGACCGCUUCAACAGAAAGGUGAUCCUCAGCUGCGGCAUUUUCUUCUGGUCAGCAGUCACCUUCUCCAGCUCCUUCAUCCCCCAGCAGUAUUUCUGGCUGCUGGUUCUGUCCCGGGGUCUGGUGGGCAUCGGCGAGGCCAGCUACUCCACCAUCGCGCCCACCAUCAUUGGCGACCUCUUCACCAAGAAUACGCGCACUCUCAUGCUGUCUGUCUUCUAUUUUGCCAUCCCGCUGGGCAGCGGCCUGGGCUACAUCACUGGCUCCAGUGUGAAGCAGGCAGCUGGAGACUGGCACUGGGCCCUGCGGGUGUCCCCUGUCCUGGGCAUGAUCACAGGAACGCUCAUCCUUGUCCUGGUCCCAGCCACUAAAAGAGGGCAUGCUGACCAGCUUGGGGGACAACUCAAGGCACGGACAUCAUGGCUCCGGGACAUGAAGGCCCUGAUUCGAAACCGCAGCUAUGUCUUCUCCUCCCUUGCCACGUCGGCCGUAUCCUUUGCCACAGGGGCACUGGGCAUGUGGAUCCCACUGUAUUUGCAUCGUGCCCAAGUUGUGCAGAAGACAGCAGAGCCGUGCAGCAGCCCACCCUGUGGGGCCAAGGACAGCCUCAUCUUUGGGGCCAUCACCUGCUUUACGGGCUUUCUGGGCGUGGUCACAGGCGCAGGAGCUACACGCUGGUGCCGCCUGCGGACCCAGCGGGCCGACCCACUGGUGUGUGCUGUGGGAAUGCUGGGCUCCGCCAUCUUCAUCUGCCUGAUCUUUGUGGCUGCCAAGAGCAGCAUCGUGGGCGCCUAUAUCUGUAUCUUCGUUGGGGAGACACUGCUGUUUUCUAACUGGGCCAUCACUGCGGACAUCCUCAUGUACGUGGUCAUUCCCACCCGACGGGCCACUGCUGUGGCCUUGCAGAGCUUCACCUCCCAUCUGCUGGGUGAUGCCGGAAGCCCCUACCUCAUAGGAUUUAUCUCAGACCUGAUCCGCCAGAGCACCAAGGACUCCCCGCUCUGGGAGUUCCUGAGCCUGGGCUAUGCCCUCAUGCUCUGCCCCUUCGUCGUGGUCCUGGGUGGCAUGUUCUUCCUCGCCACUGCUCUCUUCUUCCUCAGUGACCGUGCCAAGGCUGAGCAGCAGGCUCUCCCACCUCCCCCUGGGGCUGACGAGGUCCCUGCCCAGCACCUCCGGUCAGCCGGCCCCUGCGAUACGAUGUGCCAGAGCCGUGCCCGGGCCCGGCCCCUGCUGAUGCGCCACCCUGACCCUCGCCCGUCUCUCCCCCAGGGUGAACCAGCUGGUGAUGCCACCCACAUCCAUGAAAGUCUGAGGUGGUGCUGCUGGGACAGUGAUGAACCCUCGCUCCUCCCUAGUCUGGGAGAUGUCCUUCGGCAUCCUGGACCUACAGGGCUGUCCCAAGGCUUUCUGUGUGACUCACAGCUGGGCACCCACCCUCUCUGGCCCAGGACUGCUGAGUGGCCCUGGCUCCAAGAGGAGGCUGCGUCCUCAGUUAACCUGGAAGGCAGUGUGUGUUGGAGCCAUGCAGUUGGACAGAUUCCCAGUCCUGGGUUUGGGCUUCAGGGGCCCUGGAGCCAAGGGAGAAGACAGCCUCAAGUGGGUGUAUUGGGAGAACCUGGCCUGACACCAGCUUAUGUGAUCUUGGGCAAGCCCCUGCCCUCCCUAGGCUGUGGGGCCAGGGGGCUGGAUUUUCCCACACAGUUUGUUGGGCAAGGCAGCUUUGAAGACCCAGUUGAUGCUGGACUGUACAGAGAAGAGGUGGCUCGGGCCUCAGAGCCACGAUUCAAAUUCUGAGGCCCCCUGAAGGGCUUGGCAGAGACCAUGCUGACCUUGAAUCAAGCUGGCACAUGGAAUUGAGCACCCUUCACUGGGUGCUUCCUGCCCUGGCUGGUCACUCUGGAGGAUACUCAUCUCUGCUGCCUUAGGCUGGUUCAACACCUGGAGGUCUCCUAGGUGGGGACUAUUCCCUUACAGGGGCCUGGCACCAGCUGCACACCAGGUUUGAGAUCUCCAGGAGCUACCCAUUAGCCCACCUCUGCAGGAUCCCUAGAGCACAUCCCCCGGAAGCCAGGAGCCCACUCCCUCCCCGCAGGCUGGCUGAACCUUUUCCAGGGAUAGCGCCCAGAGAACAAUUCCCAGAACCCAUGGGGCAGUAGCCAGGGCUCUGGCUGCUGAAGGAAGCAGCUAUGCACUCAGCUUCCUGCCCAGAUGAGUCUGUGGAGGCUGAGGUCUAUCCAUCAGCCGACAACCCCAGCCACAGGCUGCUGUGGAUCUCAUGCGCACAUACAUUCUACAACUCCCUCAGCUGACUCUGGGGGGCCAGGCUUUCACCCCACUUCCAACUACAUGCACACACAUACUUAUCCUUGCAACCACACACUAGGGUGAAGCUGCCAUCUUCACACCGGCCCCUGGGGGAGCUGAUCCCCACUCUUCUAUAUCCCCCUGCACAUUUGCUGCAAUCCAGGUGGCUCUGGUCUGAGGGGGGCUGUCAUGGCCCAUAGGAGACCUGAAGUCAGCUUGGACAAUGCUCCCUUUGCCCCUUAGUUACUGGCUGGCUGUGGCUUCAGUGGUGUUAGUUAGUGGAAUAUCCACCCCACCAAGCUCUGGGGCACCCUGGGGGCUGGGACAAGGGGGUGGGGUGGGGGGUUGUACCCCUCAAAACCCAGUUUGGCCUCCACCCAGCCUCAGCCAGGGCCCCAGCAAUGUUUUCUUGUUGUACAAGAACCAGGUCCAAGUGUUGCCUCCUCUUCCUUCCGGAAGCCAAACUGCUCCUUUAUUUUUUAGAGCUGCUGAUUGUGAAUCUCAGAGUCUUAAGAGAGAAGCCAAAUAUAUUCCUCUUGUAAAUGAAGAAAUAAACCUAUUUAAAUCAUGUC